CAACUCCUCUUUCCCUCUCUGCACCAUCAUCGUCAAAUCCUCCUCCUCGAAAAUUAAUUGCAGUUUCCCUUUUUGCCUGCUGCUGCUUUCUUCUCGACAUCUCAAGGUUGUACUGCCACCAGUCUCCUUGCCAGUCACUCCCUUUUCCUUUUCAUUUUGCUUGUUUCCGAGGGCUGUCCCGGCUCCAUCCUGCAACUGCACUGCCCUUUGCUGCCAGCUUCGCUCAGGGCACUUGAAACUCUCCAAAAGGCUCGUGCUCUCGGCCACAUCCAACAUUCACGACCGUCACUUCUUCCUUCCCCCGGAUAUCUUCAACUCUCGUCCGAGCGCAGUUUGACUGGCUGGUCCGUCGAUUCAACUCCCUUUCGAAGUCCUCCUGUGCGACCUUGCCAGCACUAGCUGAUGGCAUCUGCUGCCAGCGCGACCUCCCACACUACCACCUCGUCUGCCUCCUUGCUGGAUUCCGAUACCCCGCAAAAUAAUAAUGGUUUGGCGAAGACUACAAUGAGAUCAAAUAACAAUGCGAAGGCUGCGGAUACAGGGCGCAAGCAGAGUCCUGUCGACGGCGUUUCACGACGACAAGGUUCACAAAAAGCUUGGGGCUCGGCGUCGAGCUCAGGUCCCCAACGAGGCUCGAUGGCUGCAUUGCAGAAUGGGAACAGCCCUCAACCAAGAAACACUAGCAGUAUGAGGUCAACUACACAAAAGGACAUGGGCAUUUCAGAUAAACAAGCGCAUGAGAGACUGAUGUUCCUCUUUGGAGCUGCUGUUGGCUUGAGUAUCGUCAUGACCGCCAAGUCCGGAGAGAAGUUCGAAGGCUUGUUGUCGGGUUCAACCUUCAGCCCGUCGACUUCCAGAGUUACCCUGAAGAUGGUCAGAAAAUUGCAACCCGCAGCUGCCGGACAGAUCAAUGGUGCUGCGCCUCGGGAAGCGGCCUUGGUUGGCUCGAGUCCCGAGUACGCAAUGAAUUUCGACUUGAGUGACAUGGCCGACAUGGCCAUUACUGAAUUCUCCCCCCCUGAGAUUUCGAAGCUUGCGAAUGGCUCUUCUGGCUUCCAGACCGACACCGACAUUUCUGGCAACCAGCUUCGAGGAGAACGCGCCCUUCAGCGUUGGGUUCCUGAAGGGCCUGACUCGGCAGACUUCUCCCUAGAAUCAUCCAGCAACACCACAGGCUGGGAUCAGUUCGCAACAAACAAUCAACUCUUCGGUACUAAGAGUACGUACGAUGAGAACCUAUACACGACCAUGAUCGAUAAAAGUGCACCAUCGUACAAACGCCGUGAAGCCGAAGCCGCGAGAAUUGCACGAGAGAUUGAAGGUGCUGCUUCGACAAAUACUCAUAUUCGUGAAGAACGUGGCCAGGCGUUGGAGAACGAGGGCGAUGAUGAGGAAGCGAAAUACAGUGGCGUCCGACGUGACGAACGCGCUUUUCCUCCUCUCCCUGUGGGAGGACCGAACAAGUACACGCCACCAGCCAGACGAGCUCCAACUGGUCAAGCUACGGUGCCGGGUGUCCCUGUCGAUCCGGCGAUCAUCUCAGCACAGCUGUCGCUGCCCGAAGGUUCCAAGCCUGCCGUCCAGAAGCCGAACGAGAAAGAAGUGCCAGCUCCUAGCAAGAAGACUGCAAUACCCUCGAUCCAGGAGACUCCUUCACCAGCCACCAUUGAUGCCAGUGCCGAAGCGCCCGCCACGACUGCCUACACUACAAACGCUGAGCCAGUCGCUCAGAAAGCUAUCUCUCCUGGACCUACCGAGAACGUCGAAGUCAAAGUCCUCAAUCAGUUCCGUCAGUUCGCCGACCUCGAGAAACAGAGAGUGAUAGAAAGACGAAAGGCCCAACAGAACCAAGACCGGACGGCUAAAUUGAACGAACUGCUCCGCUUCUCAAAGACUUUCAAGCUCAAGACUCCCAUACCGAAUGAUCUUAUUGGCAUCCUUGCCAAAGAUCCGUCUAAGCAAGAAGCUAUCGUUGAGAAAGCGCAGAAGGAACAUCUGGAGUCUACCUCGACAUCUGCUAGUCCCUCGCUAGGCCCAGAGGCUGACACUCCUGUCCGCAAGGCCGAGGGUUCGCAGCCUGCUGCACCUGUGCCAGACAGACAGACCUUUAAUCGUGGACGCGGUGGUUUUCCUCAACCUGGACGAUCUGAACGGCCCACGAGCCAGCAACAACCACCAUCGUUCCCCGCCCGAGGCGGUCAUGCCCCGUACCAGCCGAGAUUUCCUUCACACCAAGACCGCAAGGGAAGCCAUCCACCUCCGAUCCCAACUCCAAUCCCUAUUAUAGAAGGCCGCGUGCCUCCUACCGGCCCGCUGGCUGACCAGAACGGAAUGACCAGCCCGCAGCGAUCCAACAUGCACACGCCAUCCUCCGCCGUGUCUGGCAGAUUCAACCUAAACGUGAAAGCAUCAGAAUUCCGCCCUACCGCUGCUACGUUCAACCCUGCUGGCUCGUCACGGACCCCUUCGAGUCCGGCCUCCACUCACCGAGCAGGGUCCAUAUCUAGGACCGCCAGUCCUUCCCUAGUUUUUGGCGACCGCAAGCCGAAGCCCGCUUCCGAAAGACCUUCUAUUAGUAAAGAUUUCAACCCCAUUGCACGAAUGAAGGCCGAAACCUCCCACAAACCGACAGACACCGAAACGAAGCCUGAAGACGUGCACAAGGACUAUAGCUGGAAUGGAGGGAUUCCAAAUGCUUUCCAGACAGGUCCUCGCUGGACAGUCAAGGCCGAGAAUGAUCAAAAGACGUAUCUGGAGGCUUUUGAUCAGCUUAUGGCCGCCCCUUUUCCUCGGGUGCCGACUCGCAUAGGAUCCGCCCAGCAUAUGCCAUUUUCUGGGCAGGGCGUGUCAAUACCGAACGGCCCGGCCAAUCUUCCGCAUAUUGCUACACCGCAGCAUGCUCCUCACGCUGGACCUCAUCAGUAUCCUCACCAGUAUGAUGAUGGAACACAUCGUCUCCAGUUCGGUACAGCUACCCCCGGUGUCUACCCGUCCCCCAGCGUUGCGUCUCGUCAGACUUCAACUUAUGCAUCCCCAAUGCCUCAUCCGGCUCAGUUGGCCUACCAGCAGCAACCCUACUUCGGUACACCAACUCAGAUGCCAAUGCAGAUGCGACCUUACCCUGGCACGCCAGGCAUGAUGCAUGCACAGGUGGGACAGAUGGGGGCUCCCAUGAUGGUUCAGCAGCCGUCCAACGGGCCUUAUAUGGCUGUACCUCAUCAGCAGUUCAAUCCUCAAAUGCAGAUGUAUUCACCGAACGCAAGUCACGCCUAUCCUCACCAGAAUGGAGGGUAUUCAAGCCCUGGCCGAAUGGCUCCAAUGAUGAUGCAGCAGGGGUCUCAACAGAGUCACGGGGGCGCCCCGAACAUGAUGUUCAGCGUUUCCAACCAGGGUGUCCCGAUGGGCUAUCCCCAGCAACAAAUGGCAAUGGGCCGAGGCAACUAUGGCGGACAUCAGUAUGGGACGACACCACACCAAGGAUACAGCAUGCAACCGCGAACGAUGAGCAGUGGGUAUGGCCAGAUCCCGCAGAAGAUGCAUCCGCAAAUGCAAGCGAACCAUGGCCCGACCGUGAACGGCCCUCCGCACGCGCCUGCCAAUGGACAGGUGGACUCGGUUCAAGACGAUGGAAAGUGAUGAUUCAAUUCCAGUCGUUUGUAGGGUCAUGGACGACAUUGGCUUUUUUUCGCAGAUGUCGAUAUGAGCAUACAGUAUACCUGCUUCGCGAGUGCAAGCGGUGAUGAAUACUUUUUACCUGUUUAUGGCUUGAUCUCAAAUCAGCAAUGCGAUUACUGCCGUCGGGUUUGCUGGCAUAGGCUACGCAUCGAGAAGCAUCGAUCGGCACUUCCAAGAUCCAUGGGUAGCAGAGGGCGCAAGAUGGGUGCUUGUUUGCCAUCUUGUUCCUGACCUAUUACUCGUCAUCGGAUGGGUCGGGUUGGAAUUAAUACUAGCAGGCAUGGCUCCGUUGACGCAAGGGGACGUUAUGUGACAGGAGCCGAUUGCUUCAGCAGUAGAUCCCUUAGGCCGGGGAAAGGUCGUGGAGAAUGGGCGAAGGAUUGAACUUUGCUUCCCUUGGGCGAAGUGAAUUCCUAGCAGGGGUAGGGGAGUAUUGGUAUGGACUGAGGCGAUCAUCUGCAGCAGUGUAGCGACAAGAGACAGAGACAGUCGGUCUUCUUGGGUGCAGACAACGCUCAAUGCUAUUGUGUAGCUACCGUGCACAAACAGGAACCUGCUAUCCAGGACGUGUAUAGGCCGUAGCCUCGUGAGCCUCGAAC